CUUCACUUAGUUGCUCUCAAUCACACUACAACUAAACACACUAGCUAUAGCUAGAAUCCCCUCCAAUCCCUCUUUGUCUUUGUGCUUUUCUUUAGUUCUUUCCAAAACAGCAACAAUGAUGAGUUGCCAAGCAUGGCCUGAACCCAUAGUUCGAGUCCAAUCCUUAGCUGACAGUGGCCUAAGCUCAAUCCCUUCACGCUAUAUUAGGCCACACUCCCAAAGACCCUCCAACACCACUUCUUUUAAACCUUCACAAACCGAACAUGAUCAUGGUCAUGGUCACGGGCAAGAGACUCGUGACCAUGAUCAUGUUAACAUCCCCGUUAUUGACCUGGAACAUCUUUUCUCGGAGGAUCAAAUCCUCCGAGAAAAGAUAUUCCGACACGUGAACGAGGCGUGUCGGGAGUGGGGGUUCUUCCAGGUGGUGAACCAUGGGGUUAGCCAUGAGUUGAUGAAAAGUUCUAGGGAACUGUGGCGCGAGUUCUUCAACCAGCCACUUGAGGUGAAGGAGGAGUAUGCCAACUCCCCCACCACUUAUGAGGGCUAUGGAAGUCGCUUGGGAGUGCAGAAAGGUGCCACCUUGGACUGGAGUGACUACUUCUUUCUCCAUUACAGGCCUCCCUCACUUAGGAACCAAGCUAAGUGGCUUGCAUUUCCACAAUCCUUUAGGAAAGUGAUUGCUGAAUAUGGGGAGGAAGUGGUUAAGCUAGGAGGAAGGAUACUCAAAAUGAUGUCAAUAAACCUUGGCUUGAAAGAAGAUUUCCUUCUCAAUGCAUUUGGGGGAGAGAGUGAGGUUGGUGCAUGCCUAAGGGUGAAUUUCUACCCAAAGUGCCCUCAACCUGACCUCACUUUUGGACUCUCCCCUCACUCAGACCCUGGUGGCAUGACCAUUCUUCUCUCUGAUGAUUUUGUGUCUGGCCUUCAAGUAAGAAGAGGAGAUGAAUGGGUCAUAGUUAAGCCUGUCCCAAAUGCAUUCGUCAUCAACAUUGGUGACCAAAUUCAGGUGCUGAGCAAUGCAAUAUACAAGAGUGUAGAGCACAGGGUGAUUGUGAACUCAAACAAAGAUCGUGUGUCCUUGGCAUUGUUCUAUAACCCGAGAAGUGAUUUACUCAUUCAACCUGCCAAGGAGCUUGUGACAGAGGAGAGGCCAGCCUUGUACUCACCAAUGACCUAUGAUGAAUACAGACUUUACAUUAGGCUAAAUGGACCUUGUGGAAAGGCCCAAGUUGAAUCACUGGCUUUCCAACCAUGACUUAAUAAUGUCAAUUAAUAACGUGUUUGGUUUCACAAUGUAAUUUUCUAUGUUUCAUGUGUAAUUUUAAGUUGAUAGUUAUAACUUAUAUUUCCCACAUAAUUUUGUACUUCUUAAGAGUUUUCAAACAUGUUAUUACCUUUCCUUUAAAA